CUGGGGAAGACCUUCACAAACUCCUGGGCUAAAGAACUGCCUUGCGUUUAACAAUGGCUUAUUGUAGCAGCGAGGAAAGAAUGUGACCAAAGGAGCUGCUGUGGGGUGUGGCCAGGUAACAGCAGCCAGCCCUCUCUUUUCUACCUGCUCAGGUGUUUUAGCUUUAAAGCAGCUGAGAAGGUAGCUCAGCAGACUAGCACCUGUUGGAGCUCUGCGUGCUGGGUGGUAACUGAGCAAACUGGAAAUAUGUCUUGCUAGAGGGAGCAUUUGGAGACACACCAGGGAAGGCAGAAGUAAGAAUGAAGAAGCAAGGGACUUUUAGCCGGCUCUUUGGGAAAAAACAUGCCAACAACAAUCCCACCAGCUCCCUCUACGUCACCAACCCUCCUUGGAUCUUCACAAAGGAGGUCAGCUCUGACAACCUGACAAGCUCAGGUGAAACGGAUGGCAUUUAUUAUGGGGAUAAUCGCUUUGGUUCAGUGACGGAUUCUGGAACAGCGACCCUUAAACCACGCCCAAGAGUCCGGCCUUUGUUGACUUUCUUACCCCUUAAUGCUCAAGAGGCACAUGGAGUGGCUGUACCAACACCUUCAGUGCCAGAAGGCUUUGAGGACAAACCAGCUCUUGGGCUUGGUUCUCAAAUCAAUGGCAAUUAUAGGAAGUACAAUUCAGUGGUUGACCUGAGGCCAAAGGCAUUUGAUGAGAACUACUUGGAUGAUGAUUAUAUUCCACCACCACCAUCAGUUCCUCCUCCACCACCACCUUCCCUUGACCUAGCACCACCUCCGUCUUCUGUGGAACCUCCCCCUCCCCCUCCCAUGCAAGCUCCUCCUCCACCACCACCAAUGCCGGCUCCUCCAAUUCCACCACCACUGCCAACUCCAUCUCCUUCUUCUCUGGCUGCACCUCCAUACUCCUAUUCCAAUUUGUCUUCUCCCAGCACUCCAUCCCCACCAGACUUCAUUCCUCCUCCUCCUCCGGCUUUUAUGGGUGGUGCAGCCCCUCCCAUGCCUCCAUUUUCACCACCGUUUCACACUCCACCUUUCUCAAAUGGUGUGUCCAAAUGGAAAUCUGAGACUGUUCUUAAUCUGAGGCAGCCAGAUAGCACCUCUCACCAUCUGAACCAUGUCUCUCCAACAACCCCUACUCAGAAGGUGCCACAGGUGCCACAAUCCAGCCCAGAUCCUCAUCUCACUUUUCCCAGGACAUUAAAAAUACCUCCUCCUACACCUGUGAGAACAUCAUCUAUUUCCUCGGCUGAAAAAGAAUCGAGCCCAAAAGAUGAGCAGCACCCUAAGAUGGUUCCUCACAGCCGACCUGCCUUGCCAGCUAACUUCACUAUACGGCCUGCAGCCAUGGUUCACCCAGAGGGAGAUGCUGGGGGGGAAACUACUUUGGAAAAGCCUUCUAUAUUAAUCACUGAGUCUGGAAGUCCAAAGCUAACACCUAAUGGCUCUUCUACCACCCCACUGAGGCAUGAGGUACCACUUGCAGGAAAAACAGAGCUUCCUUCUCCGGACUGUGUAUUUUCUGAUGAUGAUGAUGUUGUUGAUGAUGAAGAUGACUGGAAGGAACGUAGCAACCUAGACAAGCUGAAGCAUGAACUGUCAGCCCUGCUGUCCUCUUCAUGCAGAAACGAAGAUAGACAGCUAGAUAGAACUGUCCUUCCCAAGACUAAGACCAGCAUUAAUAAUAGCAACCAGGCUACUCCAGAUGAAUUAAAGCAAGCUAAACCUGCCACAAAAAGCUCACAGUCACCAGCAGGGACAGAGAACGAGAGGAAAGAAAAGAUACCUGCUAAUAUACCUUCUCCAGGCAAAGCCUUCCCCAAUGAUGUUUUCUCCACUCCAGACAAUAAAACUAGCCCCAUUCAAGCAAACUGUGUUUUGAAAUUCAAAGAUGAGUUGGAAGCCUUGUUGUCGCCAACCAAGGAUGGAGGCCCACCCUUGGCUCUUGCAAAUCUGAGACAUAACCCAGAACCAAAGAAACAAGUUACUCUUCAGUUUGGUGGCAGUGUGAUCAAUGGUGGUGAGUCCAAGCUUCCAAAACCCACAGAAAGUCAGAAUAACCCGACAUUGGAAGCCACAGAAAAAGAGCCCAAGACUCCCAGGGCCUCUUCUGGUCACGUGCAACCCGACAACAUUUGCAAACCUCCAGUCUCUCCCCUGAAACCAAAGAGUGAACUCUUGGUUCCAGCUGCACCUUCGCCAGAUUCUUCUGGGGCCGCCUCGCCUAUACGAACCGCAUCUCCCAGCAUGGAUUUUUCUCUCCUGCAAUACAAGACACAUCGGACAAGGUUCGGCUCCGUUGACAGCCUGGCCUCUGCAACUUCUUCCCAAACUACAGAAGAUGGGCCAGUCAGCACAAAUAAUGAAAAUGGAAGAGACACUGCUGAACGUGUGUCCACAGUGGCAUCCACGCUGUCUAGGAACACAGAGACAGGGAAUAGUGACGUUUUGCUUCAUCCUGUUACAGGAGAAAAAGUGGAGAGAGGCUCCCCAAUGGCUCUUCUCCUGGCUGCACAACAGCGGGCCCAAAGAGGCAAUUGUUCUGUUUCCGCCUCCCGACAGAACAGCUAUUUAUCAGAGAGGCCUCAGCUCAAGUUAUCAGAGAAGCUGUACAAUAGCAGCCAAUCAGAGACUGGCUCAUCCGCCAUUUUGUUCAGCGAUUCCAAGCCCAACACUGUCACAGUUGUACCAAAAUCCUCUCAAAUGGCUCUCUCAGAAAGUAAGCAACGUAAUGGAGCCAGUACAUCUGACAGCAAUAUCUGGGGCUUGUCAGAAAUAGGGCAGAGAGAGCAUAAGCCACAGACAUUCUCCAGUGCCUCAGAACAGUGUGGGAAUGCCCCAAAACUCGAGGGGAUAAACGAAUCCCAAAAACUUCCCCCAUUAAAUAGGCAUGGCCCUGCCGCUUUAGUUCAAGGCCUCCUGGAGUCCAGCCACUUGAAACAGCAAAGCUCUCCCAGCGUGCCAAGAACACCCCUAUACUCUCAGACUACACCCCAAAACCACAGCAUGAGUAAUAAUGAAGUGGAAGAGGGGUUUGAUUAUGAGAUCAUUCCUCCACCACCAGAGUUCAGCAAUGAUGCCAAGGAAGUCCCAGAUGGUUCUUCAAAGGGGCAAGAGAAUGAUAAAGGCCUUAAUGCCCCAUGCAACCUUCGGGCCCCAGAUAAGCGACUUAAUUUCAAUCACUCAAGCUAUGACUAUGGCAACAGUUAUUCCCUGGCAUCCAAAGCAUCUCUGGAAAACAGCAUGAGGCCCAGUGGAUACAGUCUCCAUUACCCAGGUGGGAGUUACUCCCCUAGCUACCUUAGUUGCUAUUCCAGCAGCCGUCCUCUGAUAAAGAAGCGCCUUUAUGUGUCGGAGACCGAUGGAUCACAUGGCAGGUCAGCCAUGACCUCUCGCAGUAUGAGCACACCUAACGCCUAUGGCCACAAUACAAUAACAUUCAACUCACAAGCUAUGGAAGGGAUGCGCCGGGUCAACUCUACUCACAGAAAUAUUCCCAGCAGCACACAGGGCAGAAGGGUGUCCCUGGAACUACCUGGGAAAAUGGUAGUGUAUAAUAAUGUUGCCAAUGAUGCCAAGUAUAAAGGCCAGAAUGGAGAAUAUUCUAACAGUUCAGCAGCUGCUGGCAGCUCCCAACCCCACUUCAGACCUUCCCAUGGAAGUCCACAAUAUAGCGGAACUGCAAAUACAUUCACCGUCAGGCCUGGGACAAGGCAGCCCAUUUCUUAUUCAUCAUACCAAGGAGGUCUUCGUUAAUGCACUUCGACUGGAAGUUCCAUCAUCUCUCACGAUAGCGCUGGCCAAGCCUGACACUACGCAUUGUAGGCCACAUCCUCUCCGCUUUGUUAUGGCUCUUCCUUUUAUUGCUCUUUGGGGGCUUGGAGUGGUCCCAGUAUCUCCUUGUAAAUAGACUGGCUGUAAGUUAUUAGGGACAAGGAUAAGAAUGAGCCUUUUGAACCAAUACCCUGCUACGAAGGGCUUCUAUGCAAUAUGGAUAACAGGGCAAUAUGUGCCAUUAAUCAUUCAGCAACGUUUGCUUAACUUAAAGCAUAUGAGUAACUCCAUAGACUUCUUUGUGUUUGGGGCUAGCUUGGCCGCUAAGUGACUACCCAGAGCAGCAGUUCAUGGAAGAAAUGUUACCUUUCCAGUGCCACCUUAAUGAAGCUUCAUCUGUCACUUGGGAACAGCAAAGAAAGAUGGGUGCCUUCAUCCUAUAGGAGGGCAAGGGAGUGACAAGGAAUCUCGGCAGCAGAAAGGGUGAGCAGAGAAUCCAGGAGCCAGGAUAAGAUGGGUGGAUGAAUAGGAGUUAACACCAGCCAACCAUGUGGGGCUCUGACCUGAAAGCAGAAGAGCCCGAUGGGUGGAGGAAGAUGGCACAGUUGUAGGGAAAUGAGAAAAGGGGUUCAUAAGGAUAAAAUAUAAGUGAGGCAGUAUAGAUUAGGGGGACUAGGACAGGGGCUGUGGGUAGUCUAGAUUAGUUUUUGUGGCACCUGUAGCUUUAACAGCUCCAGGACAAGAGGAAAUUUUGUCAUCACUGCGUCUCCAAGUCAGAAAAAGCCACACCUACUGGAUUUCCACUCAUCAUGCAACUGUUAAAGGCUCAGGAACCUUGAUAGAAAAGAAGUUGCAAGCCUAGAAGGGGAAGUCAGUUGCUCCUAGAUCUACUGGAGGGGUGUGUGUGUGUGUGUUAGUUAAAAUUUCAACUAGGGUACAAAAUACUUGAGACUGAAACUUCUUCAGACAAUUUUAAAGUCAAUUUCGAGACUUAAGAGCAUCAUCAGAUGGGGGGUGGGAGGAAGUAAACAGUGACCACAUGGCCCAUUCAGUGGGUGCUUUUAUCGCACCGCUUUCCCUGCACACAGCAGAAGAUUGCAGCAAGUUUCACUUCUAAAAAUAAAUAGGAAAGAAGGCCAGAAAGAGCGAGAGACACAUGGGAGGUGGACGGCGUCAUCAAAAGGACCCAUGAAAACCUGUGAGUGGGCAGUAAUGAGAAUGCAGUAAAACACUGUUCUGAUGACACUCUAAGACGUUUAGUCUUUUGCUUAACCCAUCUCAAGAGACAAGAAGGAGAUGACGUUCGAGAUUAUGGGGGAUUAGUUUUAAUAGUUGUGGGGGGCAAUUUAACAAUGCAGGUGCUGGCACCUAUAAAAACGAAAGCCAUGAUGUAUCUCAAUGGGUAAUUAAAAUGGAAGUAAUGUGGGGGGGGCUGUGUAUACAUGGCCAAAGCCCUGCCAUGCCUGCAAAUCUGAACUGCGUCAAUUAUACAACAAAGCCGCAGAUUCGCAGCCACCGUGAGGUUUUCCUGUGUAGCUGAGCUUUGAAAAAGUCAGGGACUUACUCCAACUUUUUUGGUGGGAGCAAGGUCAGUACGGCUCUUCUGCUGUCUGACCUUGCUCUGGGCCAAUCCUGGGGUGGGGGUGGGCGGUACUGUUGGAAGGCAACCGGUGAUUGGUCACCAGAAAUGAGGAAGAGGGCAGGGGUGUGUGGCUGUGGUACCUGAAUGACCGCCCGAAACCCCACGUUCCCUCCUUGGUAAGGAAAACCGUGGGGUUUGGGGGAAAGGCGGCACCAACCGCCCAGAGAGCUCUAGCUAUGGGGGCAAUAUAUAAAUGUAAUAAAAUAAAUAAAUAAACUCAGCGCCAUGAAGACAGCCCCCAAGUUUAAAGGUCACCUCUGAAAAUAGGAUCCUUGCAAUGUGAUCCUAACCAUGUUUAUUUGGAAGUAAAUCUUAUUAAUUCAGUGGGAUUUACUUUUGAGUAGAUAAGUGUAGGAUUGCAACCUUAAUCUACUUUGUUUGAUUGUAUUCCCCAUAUGCGAGUGCUUCCAUAAUGGUACUGAUGUUUAUCUGUAUUAGUCAGCUGAUCUCUUAUAUGUUAGCUGCCUAAUUGGUAAAUGUAAUGUUUUUAAAAACAAUUAUGAGAUCUUUCUGAAUCUCUUAUUCAUAAGCUACUCCCAUAGUCUAUGGGAGCACUGGCUUUUAGGUCUGAUUAAACAAAACAACCCUCCCAAACCAUUUUUUUUCAGAAAAGCAAUGAUAUACCUAAGAAUGGUUUUUCACACUUGUAGAUAACUAUUGUAAAAUACGCAGUCUUGCAGGGUUUACAUGGCCGCAGAUUCUCUUUCAUAUGAAAUAAUCUCUUGUAAUCAUGCAGUUUUAGUUCAAAUCAAGUACAUUUAUUUAGGUGCUUGGUUCUUUCUGGCUCUUAUGGCUGCUUCAUACAUAGAACCAAAGGUCGUACAGGAAAGACACCCACCCGCCCCCGGACAUUUAAGAACUGUGCAAAAAAGGGGAUUUUAGCAGGCACGGCUUGUCAUGUUAUGGAGAUGCAAGUUCUUUCCUGCAUUUGGGCACCCUGUUCAUGCAUCACAUUGUUUCCUGCACUUAUUUAUAUACAUGAACACAAAAGCACGGAUCCUAAGAUGUUAAUUUAAGGAUGUUUCCCAGCCCUUAGGCCCCACUGCAGUCACCUUUGCCGCAGCCCCCAAAAGCCAUUCCAGAGUGUCAGGGUGCCCUCCUAGGCAAUGUACGAUGGGAUGCUUGGAUGGGGUGUGUGCACGGAGGGGCGGAGAGAAAACAUUUCUCCCAUGAACUUCCUUAGGAUGCAAUCCUAUACCCACUUACCUGGGAGUAAGCCCCAUUGAACUCAAUGGGAUUUUCUUUCGACUUUUCAUGUAAAGGAUUGUGCUGUGGGUUAACUUAGAAUCCAAGCCAUUAAGUUUAGAAAAUGACCAGACGUUGUUGGCUCUCCAUUAUGUACACAACUGGCUUAAGUAUCUUUCAAAGGCUAUAGCACACAGGGAAUGUGUGGCCGUCCAGAUGUUAUUGGACUGCAAAUCCCAUCAUUCCCAGCCAGCAUAGCUAAUGAUGCAGCCCAACAUCUUGAAGGCCAUGCGCUCCCCUUCCCUGGAUCAUGUAAUGUGACAAUAUCUCAAUGCCUUACACUUGCAUUCAGUGUUUGCUUGUAUUGCUAGCUCUGACCAGACCGCAGUUUCCAAACAAACAAAUGUUCUGUACUGGUUGCAGCUAAAGGAAUAUACAAAUGAGAUGUGGAAGUAGUUACCUGGGUAAACAAGGGGCUUGUAUUCUUAGUAUAUGUCAAAGACUGUUAAACUCAUUUCAGUUGCCAACAUUUGUUAAAAAGACCACAGAAGCUAAGGUAGUAUUUACAUCACAAGGCAAUGUAAAGACUGUAAAAUAAAUGUAAAAGAUGUAGAGAAUGCGUUGUACUAUGGAAACAUAAAGCACUUUGAAACAAA